AUGGAAGCAAAUGAAGAGAACAGAACAGAGAGAGAGAUUCCUGAUACGGUAAAAACGAAAACGGACGUUUCUACAUCAGAAUCAGAUUAUAAAACUGUUGAAAGUAUCGUUAUUGAUCCAAUAAAAUCAUUUAAAAAAUCAUCAAUUGUAACAAAAGAAUUCGAUACAUCGAUUAAAGGUAAUAAAGCAAAAGUGAAAAAAUGGCUUAGUUCGGUAAUAAUACGCCUUACUAAAGAAUGGCAGCCAAAAUUAUGCCAGUCGUUAUUUACUGAGCAAGAAUUAAUUGAAUUAUGUUAUCGAGCCAGGGAAGUAUUUUGGAUGCAACCUACGCUUGUAGAACCUAAAUCGCCAAUAACAAUUUGUGGUGAUAUACACGGCCAAUUUAAAGAUUUAUUGGCACUUUUUAUUUUGUAUGGUUUUCCACCUAAUCGACGAUAUCUUUUUCUUGGUGAUUAUGUUGAUCGUGGAUCAUUUUCUAUUGAAGUUGUAACACUUUUAUUUGCUUAUAAGAUACUUUACCCAUGUGAUAUAUAUCUUCUACGCGGAAAUCAUGAAUCACGUUAUGUUAAUCUUAGAUAUGGAUUCUACGAUGAAUGUGUACUAAGGUAUCGCAGAAUGUUUAUGCUAUAUUUUUUUAAAUUACUUUCAUGCUGA